CGGCGGGCAUCAGGCGCUGGUGAGGAUGGAGAGCGUGCUGGAGGACCGGGAGCGCUACGGCGUGCCCGACGCCAUCCUGCUCGAGGACUACCAGAGCGAGGCCGUGUUCAUCGACAACCUCAAGAAGCGCUACCACGAGAACGUCAUCUACACGUACAUCGGGGGCAGGUUGUUGGUGUCGGUCAACCCGUACAAGGACCUGGCUCUCUACACGGACGCCCUGCUGGAGAAGUACAGGAACGUCAAUUUCUACGAAGUGCCCCCUCAUGUGGUGACCCUGUAGGAGGUCACAUCCUGAAUUACCUGCUAGAAAAGUCCCGUGUGGUACACCAGGAGCAUGGCGAAAGGAACUUCCACGUGUUCUACCAGCUGUUAGCAGGCGCACCUGACGACCUGCUGGCCAAGCUCAACCUCGUCCGAGACCCUGGCAACUACUUUUACCUCAAGCAGGGUGACAGCAGCCAUGUGAGUGGAGUCAAUGACCGCGGGUGCUUUGAAGCUGUGGACUAUGCCUUGGACAUCCUUAACUUCUCAACAGAGGAGCAGGAGGCUAUCUGGGGUGUGAUUGCAGCCAUCCUUCAUCUGGGCAAUGUCACCUUCACCGAGGAUGAAAACCGCAAUGCCAAAGUCGUGGAUGACCUGCCUGUCACAGAGUGUAGCAAGCUGAUUGGUUGUGAACCAGUACAACUAUUGAAAGCCUUGACCCACCGUACCAUUGAGGCUCGAGGCGACGUGGUCACGUCACCUCUCAAUCCAGACCAGGCUGGAUAUGCCCGUGAUGCCCUUGCCAAGUCAGUGUAUGAGAGGAUCUUCAAUUGGCUUGUGGGAAGACUGAACCUCUCUCUGACAUCCAAUGAGAUCGGCAGGAAGACUCUGCUUGGUAUCCUCGAUAUCUAUGGGUUUGAGAUUUUUGACCGAAAUGGCUUCGAGCAGUUCUGCAUCAACUACUGUAACGAGAAGCUGCAACAGGUGUUCAUUGAGCUCACUCUCAAAAGUGAGCAGGAGGAGUACAAGCGCGAAGGCAUCGAGUGGGAACCAGUUAAGUUCUUCGAUAACAAGAUCAUCUGCAACCUGGUUGAGGAGAAGCAUAAAGGUAUAAUCUCCCUGCUGGAUGAGGAGUGUCUGCGGCCAGGUGAUGCCAACGACCUCACCUUCCUUAGCAAGAUGGACUCUCACCUGUCCAAACAUGAUCACUACUUCAGCUACGAAACUGCCAAAAACAACAAGGUGAAGAAAACUAUCAACAAAGAUGAAUUCCGCCUCCGCCACUAUGCAGGCGAGGUGGCCUACCGCGUCCAGGGCUUCCUUGACAAGAACAACGAUCUCCUCUUCCGCGACCUCAAGGACACCAUGUCAAAGGCCUCGAACAUCAUUGCAAAGUCUGUCUUUCCUAGGGAGGAGCUGUUGAACAAGAAGAGACCCGAGACAGCUGCCACACAGUUCAAACAGAGUUUGGCCAACCUAAUGGAAAUCCUCAUGAUCAAAGAGCCCUCAUACAUCCGCUGCAUCAAGCCUAAUGAUGAGAAGCGCUCCUGUAACUUCAACAUUGAGAGAGUGAGUCACCAAGUUAAGUAUCUAGGGCUGAUGGAAAACCUGAGGGUGCGAAGAGCCGGUUUUGCCUACCGCCGUCUCUAUGAGAUCUUCCUGGCACGCUACAAGUCCUUGUGCCCAGCAACCUGGCCCAAGUACCCAGGCCCUGCCAAGGAUGGAGUCAAGGCCAUUGUAGACCAUCUAGGAUACCACCCAGAGGAUUAUCGCAUGGGAGAAACCAAGCUCUUCAUCAGACUGCCAAAGACCCUGUUCUUCACAGAGGACCGCUUCCAGAUUCGUAAGGCAGAGCUGGCCACAAUGAUCCAAGCCAAGUGGAAGGCAUUUAUGUACCAACGCAGGUACCAGAAGAUGCGUGAUGCAGUGACCAGGAUAGCCAAGCACUGGAGAAGGAUUAGGGCCCAGAGACAGCUUGCCAGGAGGAAAUGGGCUGUGGGAGUCGUGCGUGCCUUCAUCAAGGGUUUCAUCACAAGGAAUGAACCUGUGAACCCCAUCAAUGAAAGGUUCCAGCAACUUGUGAAGUGUGAGUUCCUACUGAGGUUGUCCAAGAACCUCCCAAGCAACCUCCUAGACACCAAGUGGCCCCCUGCUCCAGCCCCCUGUAGUGAGGCCUCUAAUAUCCUGCAUGGUAUGCACCGCACUUACAUGGCCAGAAGAUAUGUAAAGGCACUAACCCCAGAAAAGAGGUCCAUGUUCGAAGAGAAGGUUCUGGCAGAACAGCUGUUCAAGG